UUCAGUUAAUUCGGCAGUGAGCGUCCUACGAUUAAGACGUUUUGUAUGUUCGCGUCGCAACUGCAGCGCGUCGCGUCUUUGUCCAAUUUAUUCUCGUCGCCGCCCUCUCGCUUCUUCAUGUGUGCGUUUUGUGUUGUGUACGGCGAUUUUAUUUAUUGAAAAAAAAAAAAUUGCUUAAAUUGAAUGCAAUGUAAUGAGUAAGAGUGUUAUUCAAUAUUUGUGAAAACGGUGAAUAUUUCAUCAACAGACUCGUAUGUCAAUGCAGUUCAUGAGAAUUUGACAUUUAACUUGAUGUCGUUGUUGCCGUUAGUUGUUGUUGUUUGUUGUUACUGUGGUUAGCCGCUGCAGGUUAGAAACAAAAAAAGAGCAAAGAAAAAAAAACAAUAUAAGACAAUUGGUGUUGGCGUUGGCCGCUUGUGGGCCAAAUUCGCGGACACGGACGCACCCACCCAAGUCCAAAAACCCCAAUUCCAAUUUGCUGUGUAACUGGCUUGUGUCGAUGUGUGUGUGCCAGUGUGUGAGCUAGUUGUGGGUCCAAGUGUGAGUGUGUGUGUGUGUGUACGGUGCAGGGCAGGGGGAAGGAGCAUGGGCUGCCCAGCCGGUUUCGCUGCGCGAGUUAAUUGACAAUAUACACAACAAAACAAAACCUAAAAACCAAAAAAAAAAAAACAACACCAAACAAAUAUGAAGAAAGAAGCAAGCAUAAAAAGCGAAUGAGCAAAUAUCGCAUAUAAUAAAGCAUGCAACACAAUCAUCAUUAUCACCAUCAUCAUCAUCGUAAUCAUCAAGCAAACAAGACUGCAAACAAAUGUUUAAAUAUUUUUGUUUCAUUGAUGACAUGUGUUUAAAGUGAAGAGCGCUAAUCGAAAAGAAUCCUCAUCAUCAUCAUAAUCAUGAUGUUUGGCCGGGCAACGAAUGAGACGACGACGAUAGCUUAGUUCUAUAUUUAAAUACACCCGAAAACAACAGACGCUUCGAUUGGCCGCCAAAAGCAAACCAGCCACCGCCCGCCCGUCCCUCUUCCCACCUCCAUUUCACAGCCCCACACCAAGUGGUCGGCGCCAUGCAACAUUCUCUUCUUCUGCCGAUGCCGCUGCUGCUGCUGCAACUGACCAUUCUUGUUGCGGCAGUUAAUUCGCACAAUUGCCAGCACCAGCAUCCCAAAGCGCAUGAGGUUGUGCACGGCGUGCGCCUUCAGCUGGCCAAUGAUGAUGAUGAGGCGGCUGUCGAUGAUUGGGAAGAUCCCGCGGCGCAUAAUGUGAGGCGACGUCGCAGCAUUGUGGCUGAUCAGCCGCUGCGCAUUCUGCUCGUCUACGAUGAAUCCGUUUACAGAUUGGAGGAAGAGAAAUUCAAUUUAAUAAACGACACUGUGCUACCGGAGGCGGUACAAUUCUGGGAACAGGCGUUGAUGGUGCGCGAAACGAAGGGUGUGAUUCGAUUGAAUCGGAAAUGCGACAGCACUCAGGUUUAUGUGAAGAAUGGCAACACUCACUGCAUUGAUCACUGCAAGUCGACGACGAUGUGCGGCGAGGUGCAAGUGCCCAACGAGCAUCUGGAUGUGUGCCGAGUGUGCAACAGCACAGGACAAAACUGUCGCAUUGACACCAACACGCAACCUGGCGAAGGCAUCGAGAAUGCAGACUUUGUUUUCUAUGUGUCAGCGAGACAGACGCAACGUUGCUACAAAGGACUGACGGUCGCGUAUGCGGCACAUUGUCAGCAGGAGGCGCUGCUGGAUCGCCCCAUUGCGGGGCAUGCGAAUCUGUGUCCCGAGAGCAUCAGCACCAAGCCACAGGAACUGCAAACACUGAUAUCUACGGUGAAGCAUGAGAUUCUGCACGCACUCGGCUUCUCCGUGAGUUUAUACGCCUUCUUUCGGGACGACGAGGGACGCCCACGCACGCCACGUAAACCGGACACAGGCAAGCCAUACCUAAAUGAAAAAUUGCAGAUACAUCAGUGGAGCAACACGACCAUCCGCAAGGUGGAGCGUCACAAUUGGGCAGUGCGUAGUGGGCACGUUAAGAAGGUGGUGGACAUGCUGGUGACGCCACGGGUUGUGAAGGAGGUGCGUGCACAUUUCAACUGCGAUAUACUCGAGGGAGCCGAGCUGGAGGAUCAGGGUGGCGAAGGCACAGCGCUUACCCACUGGGAGAAGCGCAUACUGGAGAAUGAGGCGAUGACGGGAACGCACACACAGUCGCCUGUCUUUUCACGCAUCACCCUGGCUCUGAUGGAGGAUUCGGGUUGGUAUCGUGCCAACUAUUCGAUGGCCACGCCGCUGACCUGGGGCAAGAACUUGGGCUGCGUUUUUGCAAUGCGCAGCUGCAAGGAUUGGAUACAAAUGAAUCACGAUAGGGGUCAUUCUAUACAUCCUUUCUGCUCGAAAGUGAAGCAGGAUCCAUUGCAAACCGAAUGCACAGAUGAUCGCAAUUCGGUUGCGUUGUGUAAUCUAAUUAAGCACGACUUUGAGCUGCCCAAAAUCUAUCAAAACUUUGAUAGUCUCAACAACAUCAAGAGCGGCGAGGAGGGAUUCUAUGGUGGCUCUGUUUCGUUAGCGGAUCAUUGUCCUUACAUACAGGAGUUCACGUGGCGUAGCAAAAACGUCAUUGUGCGUGGCUCGCAUUGUCGCUUUGUGGAAAAUAAUCCAAAACCCGAGAAGAACUUCGCCUUGGAGAGCUAUGGUCAGGGCUCCAAGUGCUUCGAUCACAGCGAGUCCAUGUGGGAGGAACGCUCUUGCCACCAGACACGCGAGUGGCAGCAUUGGGGCAGCGGUUGUUACAAAUACAACUGCUUCGACGGACGGCUGCAUAUUCUGGUUGGCAACUAUAGCUACAAGUGCUCCUUUCCCGGUCAGAAGCUGUCCAUACGCAUUGCUGCCAAUGGUUGGUUGCACAAGGGCGCCAUUAUGUGCCCGCCAUGCCAUGAAUUGUGCGGCGCCUAUUUUGCCGCCGAGGGCAAACAAUGCCGACCCGGCGAAGAGCCAGAUCCGCUCAAUAAAUAUCCACGCGAUGAUCUUGCGUGUGGCGCUGAUACACAGCGUCAUUCUAUGGCCAUAAUCAGCACUGCGCUGCUGUUAGCUUUGCUGUGGUUUGCAAGGCCCAGCUGCAGUUGCAGUUACUCGUAAAUGUUCUCUAUGUUUUUUAGUGAAAUUUGUAAAUUGUAUUUGUACAAUAUAUGCUCAAUUUGCCUAUCUAUAAGACCACAUCUAAUUGUAAUGACCCACAAUUUUAACGUUAUAUACUUAGAUAUAUUUGUAUUUGUAACUCGUAUUCGUAUUGUAUCCCGAUAUGUGAUCUUUACUAAGGAUAUUUUUGUGAAACGUCGAAUGAUAUCUAUUGCGACAUUUAAGCAUAGCUUUUAAGUUAUAUUUCGUAUAAUGAUCUAUACAUUCCAAAGUAUUUGCUACAUUUCUUUUUGCUGAUGAAGCGGAUAAUCACAAUCUGAGAUAUUAUCAGGUAAUACUGAAAAUCCGUGAAAUAUUCGGAUUGUGGCUAUUUCCAAAAACAAAAAAAAAUCUUUUGUUACAACAAUCUUUUUUGUUAUUUAUUUUUUUUCGAAAUUCGUUUAUUAUCGCGUGUCUUGUGAUGUAUCCAUUUUGUUUUAAUCCUAAGUUUGAUUUUCGCUCGACCUUAAAGCAUUUAAGAUCUGUCUGUACAAUCUCGAAAAUUGCUCUAAACUUUAAGCUGAAUUUGUGAAUAAAGUCUAUUGUAUAUAUCUGUAUGGAAAUGAAAGAUUACUCGCAAAGUGCUGAAUUCAUUUAUAAUAUAUAUUUUGAAAACAAAAA